UGGAACCAUCAGUCAUGGGCGUAACAGACGCGGGGUACGCGUGGGACACGUCCCCCGCACUUUCCACAUCUGUCCCCUCUGUCCCCCGCACUUUUUUCAGCCGUUACAACAGCUAAACCCGUUAUUAGCAUCCAGUAACGUGUUUUCCCGAGCCGUCUUUGAAUGCACCAUGAACGCAUGCUAACGCAGGUGUUCCAGAGGAGACGUGCUGCUGUGCUGAGCAGUGUUGAACGUGUGUCUGGAGUAAUGUUUAGCAAACCAGCCAGAGCCAGCAAGAAGCAAAAAACUUUACACAGUUCUUUCCAAACAAACCGUAAAGAGCAGAGUCAGGGAGGAGAUGGAUCAGAGGCCAGCAGCAGGGACAAGGAUGUAGGGUCUUUACAGGUAAGGAGAGAUUAUAACUUCCUGAAAAUAAGAUAUCUAUUGCAGGGAGAAACCAGGCAGUACUGAUCAUUUCAUGUUCAGUGUUUGGCACCUUUGGCUACUCGUCCAGUAGAUGUUCAAGGGACAUUGUUGUCAACUCAACUAGAGUUUGGCCACUAAAACUUUAGAUUUUAUAGUUUAAAGUUUUAUACUUUAUAGUUUAAAGAACUAGCCUAGUUGGUCCCCUGGUAUUGUACUGUGGCUGUUAGGGAUUAUGUGGUUCUUUAGCCACUAAGGACGGUGCAAUUAAAUGUAAGAGAAUGAUAAAUCGCUCUGAAAAAUUUGUGCCCCUCACUUCUGAGAUGGUGGUUACGCCCAUGCCAUCAGUUGUGUUGUGCAGAAGUCACGUUGGUCCUAUUUGACAACUGUUAGAAUCCAUGACGUGACAAGAACCAAUCAGCUAAGGAAAGACAAACCACAGUCCAUCAUUGCUUUAAGAACUGAAGGUCAGUUACUGAAAAUUACAAAAACUUUGAAUGUAUCCCCAAGUGCAGUCACAAAAACCAUCCAGUGCUACGACCAAACUGGUUCACAUGAGGACCGCCCCAGGAAAGGAAGACCAAGAGUCUCCUCUGCUGCUGAGGAGAAGUUCAUCAGAGUCUCCAGCCUCAGAAAUGACAAGUUUAACAGCACCUCAGAUUAGAGCCCAGAUAAAUGCCACCCAGAGUUCUAGUAGCAGACACAUCUCUACAUCAACUGUUCAGAGGAGACUGAACCAAUCAGGCCUUUAUGGUCAAAAAGCUGCUAAGAAACCACUACUAAGGAAAAACAACAAGCAGAAGAGAUUGGUUUGGACCCAGAAACACCAGGAAUGGACAGUAGACCAGUGGAAAUCUGUGCUUUGGUCUGAUGAGUCCAAAUCUGAGAUCUUUGGUUCCACCUGCCGUGUCUUUGUGAGACCAGAAAAGGUGAUGGAUGGUCUCUACAUGCAUGGUUCCACCAUGAAGCAUGGAGGAGGAGGUAUGAUGGUGUGGGGGUGCUUUGCUGGUGACACUGUUGGAGAUUUAUUCCAAACUGAAGGAACACUGAAGCAGCAUGGCUACCACAGCAUCCUGCAGCGACAUGACAUCUCACCUAAAUAUCUGAAACCUAAUCCUAAAACCUAAAAAUCUCACCUAAAACCUUAAAGAAUGAGAGAAACUGUUAUCUGUGACCUCGAUAUUCUUCUGGCGUACAUCAUCCACCACGCAGGUCACGUGCUGCUUCUGGCAAUCAUGUUAAGCAAUGUGGUUGAAGACGAACGCACACUUCCUACCCAGCAGUCACACUGUACUGAACCUUGAGUGACACUAUCUGCAGUUAUGUCUGAAGUCUGGCUGAGGAUCGUUGUCGUUGUUUCUGUCUGCUGCACCGCUCUGAGCCAAGCAGAGGACAGAGGAGGGGUGUGGAGAGAUGUUGGAGAAUCCGUCACCAUCCAGUGCAGAACUUCUGCAGAACAGGACUCCCUGUACUUGAAGAUGGGCCUCAGCAAAGACAUCGAUGUUUUCUUCACGGAGAAGGACACAGGAAAGAACACCAUUUCCACACAAUACAAACACAGACUUCAGUCCAACGGAGCGUUCCCCAACGUGGAUAUUCUCAUCAAGAACCUGACGGCGAAUGACACGGGGCCCUACUGGUGCAUGUACAAAGCGUUCGACAGGAAGACCAGCAAACAAACAGCCACCGACGGCUCUGGGUCGGUGCUCCUGGUCGUCACACGUGAAGUACGAGCACCCACAGGUCCAGUGAAGGCCUGCGAUGCGACUCAUCAGGACCUGGUGAUGGUUUCAGUCGUGAUCUCAGCUGCUGUGCUGCUCUGCAUCCUCAUGGCCUUCCUCAUCAUGAUCAUCAUCAAGAACCGAAGGCUACAGCGCACCAACAGAGGGCCGGUCAGUCCAAACAUGACCAAGUCUCUGCGAGCCUCAGUGGCACCGAGACGUCUCCCCACCAACGACGUCUACGAGGACAUGAGAGGAACGUUCAGACGCUGAAGGAAGCUCAGAGACGAGGAACGAGUUCAUCUGAAGCCACGCAGCAGCUCAGCCUGUUUCCUCUGCAAGAGUCAGUGACGCAAACAAACAACACAACAACAUCGUAAACAAACGCUUUGGUGCGAUGAGACGAGACAGUAUGACAGGAUGUUUGAGACUGACAUGUAUCUGCUGUAUAUUUAGCUUUGAUGCUUGUAAAUUCUUCUGUCAUUUUUUAGAAUUUUGGACAAAGUUUUGCACAAACAAACAUGGACGUUUUGAAACAUGGCUACAAAACGAUGGAAUAGGCCUUAGACAGGGAGGAGGAGACACAAUGUUCUUCAUAUUAUUAUUAUUAUUAUUAUUAUUAUAACUUUGCAACAUUUUAGUAUGUUUUAACCUCUUUUCUGUUCCAUUUCUGACAUUUUUGUCUUACUUUGCUUGUUUUUCACCUCUUUUCUGUAACUUCUGAGACAUUUUCACCUCAUUUUGCUGGUAUUUCACCUCUUUUGUCUACUUUUGAGACAUUUUUGUCUUACUUUGCUUGUUUUUCACAUCUUUUCUGUCAUUUUUCAGACAUCGUUGCCUUGUCUUGGUUGUUUUUCACAUCUUUUCUGUCAUUUUUCAGACAUUUCUGCCUCAUUUUAGUUGUUUGUUGCUUCCUUUGUCUCACCUUUGAGACAUUUUUGCUUCAUUUUUGUGUGUGUGUUUUGUUUUGUUUUUUUACCUCGUGUCGCAUUUCAGUCAGUUUUACCUAAUUGUGGUGGUUUUUCACCUUUUUUGUGUCACUUUUGAAAUAUUUUUUCCAGAUUUUGGUUGUUUUUCACGUAUUUUCUGACAUUUUUCAGAUAUUUCUGCCCCAUUUUUGCUGUUUUUCACCUGUUUCAUGUCAUUUUUCUAACAUUUUUGCCUCAUUUACGUUGUUUUUCACCUCUUUUGGGUCACUUUUCUGAAAUGUUUGCUUCUUUUUGGUUAUUACAUCUUUUGUGUCACAUUUUUAUGGCAUUUGUGCCUCACUUUGGUUCUUUUUCACCUCUUUUUUGUCGCUUUUAAGGCAUUUUUGGGUCUCAUUUCAGUCACUGUGCAACUCUUUGCGGCCACCGGAUGUUUCUUUAUGGUGGCUUUGUGUCACGUGCAUCUUUCUGGAAUAUAUAUAUAUAUAUAUGUAUAUAUAAUAACUCUAUAACACCAGGGAAUCUCUGAUCAGUAAUCUCUCCAUGUAUGCGACAUUUAUUGCAUAAUAGGAGGAUUUAUGUUAAAUGCACUGUACGUUACCAUACUAUGUAUUGUAAUGAUCAUAUCAACUGUAAUCUUUGUAUAGAAAUUAAACAUUAAAAUUGUGUAAUUUGUA